AUGUUUAUGUGGAAAUUGAUAAAAGAUAUUCUUCCUGUGGCAUUAAAACUCCAAAGAAGGGGAAUAUCAGAGAAUUCUAAAUGUCCUCAGUGUCAGAAUAGUAUGGAGACUAUAUCUCAUCUUUUCCUCCAAUGCCCUAUUGCUGCAGCUGUUUGGUCUUGGGUGUCAACUGAUGUUCUUCAGGAAGCUAUGGUUUACAGAGAUAUUACACAAUGGAUUCACUCUUGGAUAGAUAAAUCUUCUUUAGUAUCAAUAAGUAGCAGACAUCAUCUUAUGAAUCUAGCAGUAUUCACCACGUGGUUCAUUUGGAAAAGUAGAUGCCUAAAGCUGUUUGAAGGAAAAACUCAAUCCCCCCAGUCUAUUGUCCACCAGAUAAUCAAGUUUUGCAGUUUACAUAACAUUUGCAUUCAUAAUAGAACUAAUAAUAUUAGUCAUCAUAAUAAUCAUAUGAACACUACUAUCACUCGUUGGCAGCCACCUCCUACUGAUUGGAUAAAAAUUAAUUUUGAUGUUUCUUAUACUGUAGACUCUAACUAUGCUGGGUUUUUUAUUGUUUUGCGAAAUCAUGUAGGAGAACUCUUGGACGCCGUGGCCAGCACAGGAUAUGUGAGAGACAUCGACCAAGCAGAAGCUAUGGCAUUACUAAUGGUAUUGAAAUGGAUUCAAAGUAAGGGCAUAAGUAGAGUGCAAGUGGAAGGUGACAACAAAGCAGUGAUAGAAGCAGUUCAAAGGAAUCAGGUGAAUCAUAUAAGAUGGGAGGAUCAACAUCUGAUUUCAGAGAGUAUUGGUCUGUAUAAUAAUCUUCAAGUUCAAGUAAGGUAUGUAAAUAGAGUGUGUAAUGGAGAUGCUGAUGUUGUAGACAAGUAUGCUCGCAAGAAUAAAUGUUCAUAUCAGUGGGAGGUAAUAUCUCAGGCAGUUAUUACUCCGUUACUAUCGAAGGAUGUUAUUAAUAUGCAGAGAUAG